AUGGCAUAUCAAUUGGAACAGCAAUCGCCGAGACAGCUACCGAAAAUAACAAGACACUCAAAUCCGUACCAUAUAAAACGACCAAUGAAUGCCUUCAUGGUAUGGUCAAGGUUGCAACGGAAGAAGAUAUCAAUGAUGAACCCUAAGUUACAUAACUCUGAGAUUUCUAAACGUCUAGGACUUGAAUGGAAGAGCUUAGACGAAACAGAAAAGAGACCCUUUAUUGAUGAAGCGAAGAGAUUGAGGAUAAAACACAUGCAGGAUUAUCCAGAUUACAAAUAUCGUCCUAGGCGAAAAAAUCGUCUAGAUGCAACAGCAUUUACUAAUCCUCCGCUUUAUACUACAAGAGAAACUUUUGUGGAAGUAGAACCUCGUCAGGAGACCAACUAUCAAGCGUUGUCUUACCCAGACCAGUUCGUAUACAAUAAUAUGAUCAGUUACACAGUUCCUUCAAUGCCUCAGCCAACGUUUGUACCAAAUGCCAUUAGACCCAAAGAAGAAACUUUGCCAAAUUUGGAUUUAAGGCCGUUGCCGUCGAUCGAGAGCAUUUCUCCAAGACCUUUUGCGGUUGUCAACCAGCAGAUGAUGGUGAAAGCUUAUCAGGAUCUUCAUUACGUGCCCAGUGAUGUUACGAGGAUAUCAUACCAUUAUCCGUUUGGUGUACAGUAG